AGACGUGGUUAUUUGUUUCAUUAUUGCCCUGAGGGCUAGUGUAGUGCAAGUGGCGGAAUGGCGACGAUGGAACGAGUGUACGACCCCAAACGCAUUCCAUGGGCGUCCCCGGUGGUGCGUGACCUCGAGAAAGACGGCGCCGCGUUGUUGGCGGACGUGACCAAGACGUUUCCGUUCCGCGAAAUGGCAGCUGGGCCGUCGAGGUCCAAGACCGAGAUCGAGACAGUGAGUCGGUUUAUCGACGUGCCGGAAGAACGAGUGCAAGCCGUGUUGAAUCUGUGUUCCGCUGCGGCAUUGGGCGGAUGUUAUGGACUGUAUCCGGAAACCGAGGGCCUGUUGUACAAGACGAUCGAGGCCAAUGAAGGAGACGAAUUGGCCGUCCUGAAGGAGCGCCGAGUGCAGGCCAAGUCCAAGAAGGAACCCGACAAUUUCCAUGUGUCGCGAACACGUCGCUACAGGAAGCAUGAGGUGCACGAGGUUGCGGACAUGAAAAGCACGCAUGUCAUGAGCCAAAUGAAGAAGACCAUCAGUAAAGCUGCGACUGUUUCCGACGCCGACAUGGACGAAGGGCUCGUGUUGUACGUCAAGGUGUACGACGUGGCCAAGCCGCAGUUGUCCGAGUGCAAACUUCUCUUUCGGAAGCAGCAGCUGGAUCAGUGUCGACAAGAGCUGGUUCUUCUGGGAAGUCAGACACUGUCGGAGCUGCACCAGGCCAUCAAGUGUCGACGGAAAGAGAUUGUCAACCACGACUACUCUGUGAACCCUAGGGAAUUCAAUGCCAAGACACAUGCAGAUUUGUUGGCGAACCACAAUAAGGACGCCGUUUUAUUCAUAUACGACACACUGUUUGCAUCAACGAAUGAGGCGAAGGAAGAUUACGUGGAUGCUAUACAAGAAUGGGCCGAGAAGCACAUUGAGAGGCUGAAAUGCCCUGGGGAAGAAGAGACGGUGACGAGGUUCAAGGAGGGUUUCAUGGAUGACACAACGUUUGAUUCCUUGCGUCUCCGCAUCGGUUAUCCCUACUUGUAUCUCCAUGACUCCACGUGCCACCACAUCGUCAUCGUAUCUUUGGUUCGGCUGUACAACAAGGUGGACGAUUGGAGACUGAAGGCACAUUAUCCAGCCGUGCGACGGCAUUGUCGGUUCGCCCGACGGGUCUGUCAGAUUUGCUCCAGAAGGAUCGCUUUAUGGCUCGUGGUGGGACACAAAGAUUUCCCCGAAGAAGUGUCUCCAUUCUGCGAUUUCUGCCUCUAUUCCAUUUUGUACAAUGUGGAGAAGAGGAAAAUGACCAACUCGAGGCGUUUUACGGUCGAUGUGCAGAAGAAGGGAGAUUUCAAGCUUUAUCGGGCAUGACAAAUCUGUGAUGGAGAUCAAAAUGCAUGCUCUCAUUUCUUU